AUGACAAGGGAUCAGUUCCGGUUUCGUCGGGGCCUGACAUGGCUCACUGGAGAUCCAAAUGCCAUAAACCCAGGGUCUAUCUUGUCCAUGAUCCAGGCAGACCGUUUUCAAGAACUCGUUGGAGUCCAGAGUGUUGUCUUACUGGCGACCCCAUCACUAGCUCACUUUUUGGAGCUUGACGUGUUCAUGAGACCCUUAAUGAACUACAUAUACAGUGAUUUGAGGACCAAGACGGGGGCCCAAGAACUCAGAGUCAAAUCUGUCGCUGCAGUGGUUGAUGUCUUGCCGGAACCUCCAGCUGAGGAGGAGUCGAAUGGCCAUCCAGCGACUUCUGAAGGGCUGGCAUUGCUCUUCAGCUCGGCAUCUUCCCAUGGCACACCCAACUAUCUUACUUCACCUGACGAGUCCGAAGCUAUCACAUUGGAGUUCUCAUCCAGUAGGACUCCCGUCGUUGAAUCCAAGUUCCCAAGAAGCACCGUCCGGCAUGUGACCCUGCCGGUUGCCAAUACCAUCUUCGUCAACGGAAAUCGUACCACUCUACUAGAAGACAGCUGGGAGGUCAAAUUCCACGAUUCCGCACCUACCAUUACUCACCAAGGCCGGCGUCCGCUGAAAAGCUUUCAGAUCGACAUGAACUGUUCACCCAAUGACUUCCUCAGCGGCUCUGUGCCCCUUAAACCACUGACAGGUCCGCGCAAAGUGGUGAGAUCCAUGGGCAACGUCUUGGCCCAGAUAGAGGUCGAUGGCAAACCAGUGCCUGCCUCCCGCGAACUGGAGAAAGCCGUGACACAGUACACCAGUUCUCAUCCCACGCGCGCAUACCGUGGACCGAUCCAGGUUUUCGCCCUCGUGCGGCCGCCGGGGUCAUCGCACAGCGAGAGUCAUGACACCAGAAAAGACGAGGAGCACACAGGAAGCAUCUUGGCAGAAUUGUGGCAAGACGCCAGACUCUUCAAAGUCACUGGCGGCGGCGGAGGAUGGGGCAAGAAGCAAGGCCUACUCUCCUUGGACACGGCAGUCGAUUUUGGACGGGACGAGGCUACCGUGGGCUUUCCCGACUUUGAAACGGCCUUGGAUCUGUCACAUAACAUGGGCUCUCAUGGCAUGAUUCCUCAGGACGGAACCGUACAAUUCUUUCUCUACACAGAAGAUGCGGAACGCCGGAUCCGAUCUGGGAAGUCUAGUCACGAUGCGGUGACUCCUGCUGGGCGGACACAGAAUUCACAGACUUCCUUCAUCCUUGGUACGGCUUCUAAUCCGGAUACUCAGGAAUACCCAGACAUUGUUCCGACUGAGGAAAAGAAGUCGGGUGGUUCAUUCUAUCCAAAUCUCUUCGGUAUGGCUUCGUAUGGAGGGGCUGCGUUGCGCACAGACAAGGUGUCCGUACCAGAACGAGCCGGUGGGCAACACCUCACCAGCUCCCGAACCCGGUUGGACGUGCCAGAUUCCCGUUUUGUCCUUCGAGCACUUCCGGAAUCCGGCUCAUCACUGUCUCGUGCGGGGGAUGAGCAGGACUAG